AUUAUGUUAUUUAACGUUUUGUAAAAUGCAUAAUAUGCAUAUUAAUUGCAUAUGUGAAAUGUUACAACGCGAGCUCAACAUUAAGUCAGUGCAGAAUUUCAAAGUGCAAUAAUUUGUAAAGAAGUGCAAUCAGGUCGUGAGACAGCUGCACAAAAACACAGCAACAACAAAUAACCUUGUGGGCCAUUGCCAGCAGACUAACACGCUUUAAAAACAAACGAGAUAGAAUAGUAACAAAAUAGAAAGUUCAAUUACCAACAGCCGCCAGUGUAGUGAGUGUUGUGCGAAUUGCUUUCGAAUCCGUGUCGAAAAAAUUCAUAAUAUAUGUACAUAAUUUUAACAACAGCCACGACAACAACUAGUACAACAAGAAGCAGCCAGUAGGGGUGAUUAAAUAAUAUCACAUUUGUGUUUAUUGCAGAAAGAAAUAGCAGCUUCAGUAACCCAAUAUUUGAAGCAUAAUUAGCUUAAAAGUUUAAAAGGAAACACAGUGAGAAGUGUAAAUAGCAAAGUGUUUCUGUGUCGCGCAUACAUAUACAAAAUACACACACACACAGAAAACACACGGUCACACAAAUACGCAGUUACAUACUGGUGUGUGCGCUGUUGCUGCAUACGAAAGAGGAGCACAAAAGAGAUUUUGAAAAAAUACAAAGUGAAAAGCCCACAAUCCAGUCGGUUAUUUUAGUACAACAACAAAACACACCGAUAGCAACAAAAAUACACCCUGAAGAGUCUCAAACGAACGACAAAUUAGAGAAUAAUUUAUCUAAUUUUCCAAAUAUUUGAAAGCCAAUUAAUUGCAUGUGCCUCUGAGGAUUAAAUAAGUUUAUAGCAAUAGUUACAGAAAUCAGUCAACAGUAAUCCUCAGAUAUACGUAAAAUUUGGAUGUUGCUGCAAAUUGAUCAUUGUGAAGAAAAUGGUCUCGUUAAUUGAUAAAAUCGAUGCGGCAGCGGAGGAGCAGAAGCAACGCGGUGCCGCUGCCACUGGAACCAAACCCGCGACGUCUGGCGGAGGCACUGCUUUAACCGCCAGCGGCAAGCCAAAGGAGAAACGAAGGAACAAUGAAAAACGCAAGGAGAAGUCGCGAGAUGCGGCACGUUGUCGUCGCUCCAAGGAGACAGAGAUCUUUAUGGAAUUGUCGCAGGUAUUGCCGCUCAUGCCUGAUGAUGUCAAUCAACUGGACAAGGCUUCGGUAAUGCGCAUUACGAUUGCCUUCCUAAAAAUACGUGACAUGUUGCAGUUGGUGCCGAGAAUUCGAAAAUGCAGUGAGCCUGCCAUUGAAUCAAUUAUGGCUGAUGACAGCCUAAUCCAGCCCAAGCUUGAGGUUAACGAUGAGGACUGGCUGAAGUGUGCCGAGGCCAGCCAGUUGUUAAUACAGACUAUGGACGGGUUUCUUAUUGUGAUCUCAAAUGAGGGCGACAUCACAUACGUCUCGGAAAACAUUGUGGAAUAUCUGGGAAUCACAAAGAUUGAUAUGCUGGGCCAGCAGAUCUGGGAAUACUCGCAUCAAUGCGAUCAUGCCGAGAUCAAGGACGCACUCAAUCUCAAACGUCAUGGAAUCGCUGAGAAGGUUAAGCAAGAGCAUAACGUGGAGUUAGACGUCAGCACACAUCACCGCGAUCUGUUUGUGCGCUUGAAGUGCACACUGACAAGUCGAGGCCGCAGCAUAAACAUCAAGAGCGCCUCAUAUAAGGUCAUUCACAUCACCGGCCACUUGGUAGUCAAUUCCAAAGGCGAACGUGUGCUGAUUGCUAUUGGUCGGCCAAUACCUCAUCCCUCGAACAUUGAGAUACCGCUGGGUACCAGCACCUUUCUAAGCAAACAUUCGCUGGAUAUGAAGUUCACCUAUGUGGACGAUAAAAUGUUUGGCCUGCUUGGCUAUGAACCUGGCGAUUUGCUUGAAACCUCACUCUUUGCGUGUCAACACGCCGCGGACUCGGAGCGUCUAAUGUCCACCUUUAAGAGCGUGCAUAACAAGGGCCAGGGAGAAACCUGCCGCUAUCGUUUUCUUGGAAAGAGUGGCGGCUAUUGUUGGAUCGUAACACAAGCCACCAUUGUUUAUGAUAAAUUGAAGCCACAGAGUGUGGUUUGCGUUAACUACGUCAUAAGUAAUCUUGAGAAUAAACAUGAGAUUUAUUCACUUGCACAACAAACGGCGGCAAGUGAGCAAAAGGAACAACAACAACAUCAUCCACUACAGCAACAAACAGUUGCACCUGAGGACAACAACAACAACAAGAAUAAUAUAGAAACUACAAAAGCAACAGUUGAAGCAGCUGCUGCAGAAACAAAUGAGCUUGAAUCGAAACCAAAAGCAAUUGAAACUGUAGAAAUAAAAACAAAGACAACAACAAGUGCUGCUGCAACCACUGCUAACCCACCAAUAACAACAACACCUAACGAUAACGAGCAACAACAGCAACAACCACAACCACAAACACCGCCUCAACAACAGCAACAACAACAACAGAAAGACCAACUGCAAGCCGCAAACGAUCUUUUGAAUAUCAAACGUGAAAAUCAUUCACCCGGUCCCCGCACCAUCACAGCUCAAAUCAUCAACAACAAUAAGAACAACAAGGGUCAAAACCCCUUGCUGCGACCCUCUAUCGCCGCCCCUGGGCGCAUUGAAGAGAAGCAACCCAAGUCGGUGACUGCUUCCGUCUUUCGCACAACCGCCUGCAAGGGGCCCCUAAACGUCGCCGCAUUCGUCGCUGCUGCCGAGCAAUCUUUGCCGCCUACGACCACAGCAACCGCUGCUAUACUAUCCUCUAGCAAUCAGCAAUACCAACAACAGCAACAACAACAACAGCAGCAGCAACAACUACAACAACCACAAGAUAUGAAUAAAGGAUUCUUAUCAUUCGCUGACGAUGGACGAGGUUUAACAAUGCUUAAAGAGGAACCCGAUGACUUAUCUCACCACCUGGCGACCACAGGCUGCAUCCAGCUCGAUGAGAUCACACCAUUCAGCGAUAUGCUGGGCCUCAUGGGCGCCUGUCUGCUGCCCGAGGACAUCAAUUCGCUCGAUUCGACAACCUGUUCGACUACAGCAAGUGCCCACAAUUACAAUAGCAGCAGCAACAACAACAGCGGCAGCAGCAACAGCAGCCAAAACAUCUAUAGCAACAGUCCCAGCAACAGAACGAGCCUCAGCCCAGUUGCAGUUGUAGCAGCGGCGCAGAGCGCGGCCAGCAACCCGAACAGCAACCAGAAUAGCAACAGCAACAGCCACAACAACGACAACAGCAAUAGCAGCAGCAACAUCGAUCCGCUCUUCAACUAUCGCGAGGAGUCGAAUGACACGAGCUGCUCCCAGCACCUGCACUCACCCAGCGUCACAUCUAAAAGUCCCGAAAACAGCAGCCUGCCAUCGUUGUGCAGCCCGAACUCGCUGACCCAGGAGGAUGACUAUUAUAAUGUCGAUUUUGACAUGCGGGCUCCAUACAUCCCCAUGGACGAUGACAUGCCACUGCUCACGGAGACCGAUCUUAUGUGGUGUCCAUCGGAGGACUUGCAAAUGGUGCCCAAGGAAAUGGAUCCCAUGCACUUGCAACAGCUGCAGCAGCAAUGCGACAACAAUCGUCUCUACACUGGAGUAUACCCACAACAGCAACAACAACAGCAUCAGCAGCAGCAGCAACAACAUCAGCCGCUAAAUCAGCAGCAGCAGCAACACUUUUCCAACUCGCUGUGCUCGUCGCCGGCAUCGACAGUUUCCUCACUAUCCCCCUCGCCAGUGCAGCAGCAGCAACAUCAUCACCAGCAUCAGCAGCAACAACAACAACAGCAGCAGCAGCAACAGGCGAAUGUUUUUACAACCGACUCGAGUGAGUUGGCGGCACUGCUCUGCGGUUCAGGCAACGGCACACUAUCGAUUCUGGGAAACAACGUUGCCGAUGAGUGCGCGGAGCGCCUACAACAACAAACGGCAGCCGAGUUCCGCACCUUCCAGCAACUGCAGCAGGAGUUGCAGCUGCAGGAGGAGCAACAACAGCAACAGCAGCAGCAGCACCAGCACCAACACCGUCAACAACAACAUCAGCAACAGUUGCUGGCUCUCAGCAUCGAGUGUAAAAAGGAGAAAUACGAGGUGGCGCUGGCGCCGAGCUUGUGCCACCACAUGGAUGAUGCAUUUGAAAAUGACUACAGCAAGGACUCAACAAAUCUCGAUUGGAGCGAGUUGCUGUUAAAUGAUGCGACAAGUGCAGCCAGCCCGGCAGCGUCGCCAACGCCGCAUCAGCCAAUCAAAGUCACUGCAACGACAAUACAGUUGCUGCAACAACAGCAACAACAACUGCAUCAGCAGCAACAACAACAGCAACAACACCAGCAGAAUAUCAUUUUAAAUGCCGUGCCAUUGAUCACGAUACAGAAUAAUAAGGCAUUGCUGCAGCAGCAGCAGCAACAGCAGCAGCAGCAGCAACAGCAGCAGCAGGUGGAACAGCUGCAGGAGCUGAUGUUGCCGGCCAGCUUGCAACGCGGAAUCAACACUAAGCUGCCCGCCAUGAAGCUGUUGAACGGCACAACCAUAGCACCGGUGACCACAAAGGCCACCAUAAGGCUGGUGGAGGGCAAGACCACAACACCACCGCAGCAGCAGCAGCAGCAACGUAUUGGUCUGGUUGCCGGCAAGGCGACCAUUUUGCAGACGGCGACGCCUCAGCACCAGCAUGGCAACAAACGCCAUUUGAACAGUCAGGCUGCUGCAAACAAUCCGGUCGAAUCGAAACGCCUGAAGAGCGGCUCCUUGUGUCUGGAUGUGCAAUCGCCGCAGCUGCUGCAGCAGCUCAUGGGAAAGGAUGCACAUCAGCAACAGCAAUCGCAGACCCCCAAGAAGCAGGGCACCGAUCGCUGGUCAAUAGAUGCCAAACAGCAGCAACAGCAGCAACAGCAGAAGCAGCAGCAGCAACAACAGCAGUCGAACUCGGUGCUGAAAAACCUGCUGGUCAGUGGACGGGAUAUCGACAAUGGCGAGGACACAUCGGAGCCUAUGUCUCUGGACAACGACACGGUCGACAAUACGUCCGCAUACACAAAACCGCUCCACUGCUACACCAGCACGGCUGCAAUCCUUCGCAACUAUCGCCAUAAUCCGCUGAUAAGCGGCACCAAUUUACAGCUGUCGCCCGUUUUUGCAGAUGCUGGCGAUGGCGGCUCAACGUGCUCCCAGGACGACUCCAUGCCGCCGGGCCUAACAGCCUGUGACACGGACUCCGCCAGUGAUAGCGGCAUCGAUGACAACAGCAUGGUGGAGGGAACGCCCUCCUCCCCCUCAAAGCGUACUGCCAACAAGGGGAACGAGGAUGUGUCGCAACAGACGACGAGCGCUACGCCGCCGCCGGCACCUCCGCCACAACAACAACAACAACAGCAGCAGCUGCAGCGUCCUAUUGAAGAGGAUCUGGAAGCAAGUGGCAGCAACGCGACCAGUCGCAAGUCCUCCAUAUCGUACAUGGACAGCAGCAACCCGCUACUGGGCACUCCUGGUUGGAUGGACCUCUGCAACGAUGACUACAACAUGAGUGGGGGGGACUUCCAGUUUAACGAUCAAAUGAUCGACUGGCCGGAGAUCGCCUAAUCACACACACUCCCUCACAAAUACACACACACACGCACGUUCUUGUUGCAUACAGUUUUGGAAGCACUGCAUUUUCCGAACGCAUUUCUCUACUUGUUUUCCUUUUACUUUCGGCGCAUUUGUGAACAAGUACCUGAGAAUGAAGUGUAACCAAAUGAUUGAUUGAUUGAUUGAUUAAAAAGAACGUGCCCCACACACACACAAACAGACACACACACAAAACAGACACACUUGGAGCGAAAGGAAAGUUUUUGAAAUAUUAUGAAUAGUUUUUUAGCAACUUUAACUGCCUAGAACCAGAUGUACACAUGUCUAUGUAAUGUAGUUUUUAAUGACAUUAUAUACACAAAUCUAAAAUGAAAACUGGCAAAAAAAGAUUGUUUAUGUAAAAAAAUAUACAAUGUAAAGUUUUCCAUAGUGCGGCACAAGCUGAAGCCUCCCGGUAAUCCGAACUAUAAUAAACUAUGGCAGACAAAAAAAAAGCAAAGAAAAAAAUUUUUAAAUGGUUUUACACAAAAAAA